AUUUAAUGGGCUCCUUUUCAAGUACCACAUCACUAUGAAGCUGUUCGCACUCUGCAUCGACGAAUCAACGCUCCCACAAUUUUCUGAUGUAAGGGGAUAAACAUGCCUAACCUUAUUGCCCUCACCUCCUCUCAUCUGCUUCAUCUUGGCCAUGCUAAUUCGAGGGGUUUUCCCUUCAAAGUACACUGCAAUCUGAGAAAGCAGAGCAGAGCAAGUCUAAGAAACAAGUGGCCCUCCAUCUCUCUCUCACUCUUCACUUCAGGUUUCGUUUUGGGUCCCAUAAUCGAUGGACUUCAUUCCAGGGUUAAUCUUGUAGUGUAUCAAAAUGGGGCAAUAGACAUCGGUCCUCUUCACUCCAAUAUCUGGGUUCCUCCCUUGCUUGGAUUAUUUUACUGCACUGUAGGGUUGCUGCAACUUUUCUUUGAUGAAGAAGCUUCUCCAGAGGUCCCCAAUGCGACCUUGGAAAAAACAGCGGUCUCAUUGAUGUAAGUCAUGCUUUCUAGCUUUUAAAUCACCGUCAUCUCAAUGAGGUAAGAGAAUAUGGUUGGAAAUUUAUUACAGCGUGUUUGGAUUGAGGGAAACGAGGGGAAAGGAAAGGAUUUUUUUCCCAAUAUGCAUCUUGCUUUAGCUGUAAAAUUAUGCCGCCUUCAUCUUACGCAGAGCAUAUGUGCUGUUUAUUGAAUUGAGUGCGGAAAUGUACAAAGCUGGAGUGGCAGACAACAUUGAGGCCUACAUAUUAUUUGCCAUGGCACAGAUUCUAUGGUUGUCCUUGGAUAGGACUCGGCUUGGUUUCACCUUAGCAUCUAUUGUAGGUGUUGCCUGCCCACUUGCAGAGAUUCCAUUGAUGAAGUUCUUCCACCUAUGGUAUUACCCAAAAGCAAAUGUAGAGAUCUUUGGUCAGGGAUUGAUAACUUGGACAAUCACUUGCUACUUUGCUUAUGUACCAUUCCUGGUCAAUUUAUCGCGUUGGAUACAAUCAGUAAUCAGUGCUGCAGGUACAGAGAACAAGUCUGACUAGGGGGAAUUAUAAAGAUUUCUGCAGUGAUCGCUCAGAAUUUCAGUUCAAGUGGAGCUCAGGAAUCUUCAAUGAAAUGCAUAAAUUUCAUUCAAAUUUGAGAGCUUUGAGAACGAGAAACGUAUCCUGAUAAGAUAUAUCGAGUGUGUAUUCACAUGUUCGUGCCUAAAUGGUACAUACAUUGACAUUCAUCAUCAUAAACUAAAAUGGUACUCACCACUACCGUUGUCUCCCUUACUUCAUCAUCAUAAACUUGUGACAAUGCCAACAGCCUGUUGUUGAUUUUAGUAAAAGUAACUCGAUUCUCUUCAAAUAAAUGAUUAAGUUUUAG